UCGAGCUUCAUUAUGCAUGUAUAUAGAAUUGCGUAAUUCAUUUUUCACGGAAUUUGUUUGUUAUUUAUAGGCGAGUGCUUUCUAAAUAGAGCACUGAGAUGGCGAAGGGAAAGAAGUUGUUCAUCAAGUUGGUGUCAGCUGCAGGAACAGGUUUCUUCUAUGUGAAGCGGAAGAAUCCCAGGAGAACCCCGGAUAAACUCGAGUUCAGGAAGUAUGAUCCGAGAGUUAAUCGACAUGUUCUUUUCACCGAGCAAAAGAUGAAAUGAGAGUAUAUUUGGAUUUUUAUCCUUUUAGGUCUUUCAAUCGAGCUAUUUUCUGCUGGUAGAACGUCGUUUCAACUCGAUUUUAUGUUAGUAAUGUUCAGGAAGAAAUGUUGAGACCUGGUCACUUUCUUUUAUGUUGCUGGAUGAAAUUAGAGUCAAUAUAAGUAUUGAUCUAUGAAUGAUAUUGUGGCUGAAAA